AUGCCUGAACAAGUGCACAUCUUUUCGGAGUUCGAGGAUCCGGAGCGGAUCCAGUACAUCAACGAGAUCGCUGCCAGACAGCCUGGGAUCUUUAAAACCGUCAGACGUGCGAGCCUCUUUCCACUAUGGUUCGCAGAGAAGGAGCUUCUUCGCAAAAUUGCCACCGAUGCCGAUAACAGCCAUCUCCAGCGGUUGACCACACGCCAGCUGCAGACCCCCUUACUGGGCUUGGGAUAUGAUCCAGUCGCGGCAACAUAUUCCGGGGAAAUCAAGUGGGACCCAGCUCUAGUGGACAAUGUUUUGAAACGUGAUCAGCGACAGUGUGUCUUGACCAAGUACAGGCAAUUUGGUAUCGAAGCAGCCCACAUUGUGCCCUCCAAACUACACCGAUAUACGCAAGGUUUUCUUUGGCUCGUGUUAUCGGAAUACUGGCCCUUGAAGUCAAAAGCUUGGUCAGAGGCAAUUCUACGAAAGGGAUGGGGGGACAACUGCUUCAAUACUGAGCGACUCACUAACAUGCUCACGCUUAAUCAAAUGAUCCAUUGGCAUUGGGAGAAUUGCCAUUGCGCAUUUUAUCCUAUUCGGGUCGCCGAUGACAAGAAGAGUAUGGAUCUUUCAUUUCACUGGCUACCCUCUGCAAAGGGGAUGAAAGCGAGUGAUUGGGUUCAUCUUGACCGAAACCCUUUUGGAGAUACAAGACCUCUUGAGGCUUGGGGAACAAAUGUCGCGGCAUUCAACGUAGAGACAAGGCAAUUAAUAUCCUCUGGGGAUAUCUUUACAAUCACCACACCAGACCCAGAAAAGCUCCCAUUGCCAUCAAUAGAGCUGCUUGAAAUGAUGUGGCAUUUGAAACGUAUCGCUUCGAUGCGAGGACAGGAUGAUGAAGAGGAAGAAAAGAAUGAAGAGGAUGAAGAUGAUGAUGAAGAGGACGAAGAGGACGAAACAGAUGAAUAG